AUGUUUCUACGGUCACAUAUACGAAGAGGUUCUAGACUACUACACUCUCAAUCUGUCACAACUCUCAUUGACCAAGUCUUUCCCCCAACCGUAAGCCGAGAACAACCCAUCUCGUCUCUAUGGAACCAGCUUAAAGUCAUCGUUCCCAAAGCUCCCUCUGAUCUUAUCCGGUACGGGGAAGCAGAAGUAUCUUUAAAUGAAUCACAAUUGGUUAAGCUAGGACGUGCUUUUAAGCACUAUGUGGAUUCUCGACAAGCUUUGUAUGAGCCUUCAACUGCUAGCAAGUUGAGUAGAGAUGAGUACCUCGCAUUAGGGUCUUCCAUUAUUGGCAAGGACAGUCAGGUGGAUCUGUUCUUCGAAACUUUCCACAUCACUGCCUUAUCUCACCGGUCCUUUCUUCGUAACUUCAAUGAAUUGGCUCCUGUGGGUCACCAACUUGAAGAAUCGUUCUUGGUAAAUUUACGUGAUGAUCAGUACGAACUCCCAAAACUUAACACUGAACAUGAUUUCAAUCCACUUUUCCUAGUGGAUAUGGACAAAAUGCCCAAACUCUGUCAGUUACUAGGGUACCUGCCAUCGGUAGAAGAUCAGGAAAUUCUAAAAGGUUAUCUAAACCAAUUAUGUUCUUAUGGAAAAGCUGCGGUCACUUUUCACUUGCAGCUCUAUGGCAUUAGCAAACUGGAUUUUCAAGAGAAGGUUGAUAUUAUUGCCCGUAACUCUUUGGUGUAUAAGUGGGUCAAACCAAGAAACGCUCAGAAAUACUUGAAGAAAUUGAUACAAGCUGAUCAAACCAAUGAGAAGAUAGUGUAUCAGUAUUUGGGCUAUAUCCUAUUGACUGACAAGUUUCCAUCCACGUGGUUCGAGGGUAUUUUUCAUCAGAAGAAGUGCUCAUUAAAGUCCAUUAACGAGUUUCCAAGCCUCGAAUUAACAAAAAUUACUGUACCAGAAAAUGUACCAUCAUCGUGGAAGACUUUAGGAACAGAUGCAUUCUUAACUAUGCUCUUAAGAGCUACCACUUUUGAUGGCCAAAGUGAUUCCGUUCUCAAACACUAUGCCCAAACCAUUUUUGAUGAUAUAAACACAAAAAAUGACAGUGAUAUUGAUACCCCCACUUUAUUGAGUAUUUUGGCCCAUAAUGAUAUCAACAAGUUUGAGAAUUUUAUUGCCAGUUUUUUCAUCAAUUUUCCCCUCCAUCCAACACAAUCUAUGGUGGAAAAGAUUAAAAAGUUGAUCUUUUUAUAUGAUGUUCCUUUGCCUGUUUUACGUGCAGAUGAAGGGAACAGUACUUCCCAAUCUUUUCUCACUCUCAACAAUACUAUUGUAAGAGGAAUUGAAAGUGCACCAGACUCAAAUUGGACCAACAAUGCAUCAAUAAAGGACAUGCUAACCAAGAUCAACAAAUUUGGUGCAUCGAGAUUUAGCUUUUUAAUUAAACUUCAUCUCCUCCAACAUUCAGAAAAAUUCUACGCUGAAAAUUUAGAGAAAUUAUUGCAAUCUAGUGAAUUAAAGAAGUAUUUUGUUGAAACUUCGGGAUAUUUCAAGAAUCAACCAUUUGAUCUGCCAUUAUUAUCACAGUUACUAAAGCAUAGACAGUCAAAUGGUCUUAUAACUUGCCAGUUUAACCAAAAUUUUGCAUUAAGAACACCACAGGAACAAGUAGAAUGGGUCUCCGAUGUUGUCACAAGAUUAGUUACUAUUCUUGAUAAUUUAAAUUAUGAGGAGGUUGAAGAAUUUUUUGGCAAUGUCCAAAGAGAGUUGAAUUCCAGAAAGUUCUCGUUGAGUGAGUUGAAUAAAGACAGAAUUCAUAAGAAGUUGAUGAAUUCCAAACGGGACCUAAUUCAGCCCCUUCAGUUCAAAGGAGAUACUCCUAAGUAUGAUAAUGACCUAGUGAAAGCUGCAGGUUCUCGUUUCAUGAAGUACUCAAUAAUGAGAUAUAAUUUGAAGUUGAACUUGAGUGGAUUUCUUCAGAGUAAUCAAGAGAUCAUAGAAUUGUUGGACUCGAUGUAUCCAGGUGAAGAGUUAUACAAGCUAAUUGGAUUGAAUGAAUUGAGUGGGGAAUCCACGGCCAAGGUGCUUGAGAACCUCUUGAAUGAGAUUCAUCUCAGACUGAAGUACCACCAGUUUGAUACAAAGACAAUCGGGGAGAUAAAGAUCGAUGUCAAAUACUCCGAAAGACAUGUACGCACCAUCAAAGCUCUAGAAAGAUCAGGGUUGGCUUUGCCACAAAUUAUGCCCAACAAUCUUCACAAGCUACUCUUGAUAAACUAUUUCCAUUCCAGAACUGUGUUGAAUGAUAUUCACAGUAACCUAAAGAACCAGAACCGUUUGCCUGACGUCAUUACCAUGUAUGGUUCGAUGGGUUCGAUGUACUACGAGUACCUUGUCUCUAAGAGGUUGGCAGCGGAAUCCAAAAAGAUGGUCAUCAGGGUAGAAGACCUCAAACAGCUCCAAUUUUGGUUGCUGGAUAAGAAAUUCAAAAUGAUUAUCCUGAACGCAUCCGAUUUAGGCCAUCCGUUCAGAAGCCCCGAUGUGGAAGUUGACCGCAAGGUGCAAGGCCGGUGCUCGGAACUUGAGAAGAAGUAUUCUCGAAAUGAGUUCUUCCGCUUGCGCUAUCACAACCAGGUGUUCAACCAAUACAUUGGCUCGUUAGUGUGGACGGAUCCCGAUGUGCUAGGUGCCUGGUUUGAUGGAAUGAUCGACCCCAUUUUGGACCAAGUGGAAAAAUCUCCCUCUUACCUAGAACAACUCGUCCAUGAGAUCCAGCACUACGAAUAG